GUGUGAAGGGUGGAGCCGGGAGCCCUCUGGUGGCGGAUCAGUCAAGCUCCGGGAGACAUUACUAGCAGCAGGGGCUCGGCCGCCCAUCUCUCUCAUCUCCCUCACCAUGGAGCCUUACGAAGUCUUAGUUAACCAGCCCGUCGUCAUAGAUAACGGCUCAGGUGUAAUUAAAGCAGGUUUUGCAGGUGACCAAACUCCAAAAUGUCACUUCCCAAAUUAUAUUGGCAGACCAAAACAUGUGCGUGUAAUGGCCGGAGCAUUGGAGGGAGACCUUUUUGUUGGCCCAAAGGCAGAGGAGCACCGUGGCCUCUUAUCUAUUAGAUAUCCAAUGGAGCAUGGAAUUGUAACAGACUGGAAUGAUAUGGAGAGGAUCUGGCAGUAUAUAUAUAGUAAAGACCAACUUCAAACAUUUGCUGAAGAGCAUCCUGUUUUACUUACAGAAGCCCCCCUUAACCCUCGAAAAAAUAGAGAAAAAGCAGCUGAAAUAUUUUUUGAAACUUUCAACGUUCCUGCUCUCUUCGUUUCCGUGCAGGCGGUCUUAAGUUUAUAUGCUACAGGACGAACAACGGGUGUUGUUUUAGACUCCGGUGACGGUGUAACGCACGCUGUUCCUAUUUACGAAGGCUUUGCCAUGCCUCAUUCAAUCAUGAGGGUAGAUAUUGCUGGUCGAGAUGUCACUCGUUACCUAAAGCUACUAUUAAGAAAAGAGGGACUAAGUUUGUAUACAACAGCAGAAUUUGAAGUUGUAAAAACAAUGAAGGAACGUGUUUGCUAUUUGGCUACCAAUCCUCAGCGGGAAGAGACUGUUGACACAGAGCGACUCUCGUAUCAGUUACCGGAUGGGUCAACAGUUGAGGUUGGCCAGGCACGUUUCCGUGCUCCAGAAGUUUUAUUCCAACCACAUCUUAUUGGAGACGAGAGCGAUGGUAUCCACGAAGUUCUUCUUUAUGCUAUACAUAAAUCAGAUAUGGAUCUACGCAAGCUUUUGUUCCAAAAUGUUGUCAUUUCUGGAGGAUCAACAUUAUUCAAAGGAUUUGGUGAUCGAUUGCUCUCGGAAGUAAAGAAGCUUGCACCUAAGGAUAUAAAGAUCAGGAUUUCCGCACCUGCAGAGCGACUCUAUUCUACAUGGAUUGGUGGUUCAAUUCUUGCUUCUUUAGACACUUUCAAGCGUAUGUGGGUCAGCAAACGUGAAUACGAUGAAGAUGGUGUUCGAGCAGUUCAUCGGAAGACUUUCUAAUUGUACAUUAAGUGUAGAAUAUGGCUAGUUAAGGCAGAGACUAUUAUUCAUGUUCGUUCCAUUUAAAUUGAAUUUGUUUUUAUUCUCAGAUUAUCAUUAAAAAAGGUAUUUAUUUUAAUACUUUACAAUUAAAACAAAAUUAAGACUAACUUAAAAUCCAUUGGUGUUUGAGAGUAUAAAAUGGAUAACGUGAGUUUUACGUUACUGUAUGGUGGUUGUAAAGAUUGAUACCGUGCAGAUACCGGUAAUGGCAGCAGGUUAGGUCACUGUGAGGCAUUUGUAUAUGUAUAUUUUUGCCAUGUGUGCGUGGAUUAUAAACAGAGAAAAUCAACCGAACCGUGUAAGGCAAGAUUUAUAAUAAAUUGUAAAGCAUAUCACAAGACAUGUAUUGAAUUUAAUAUUGCAUUCUGUUGUAUAUUUUCAAAAUAUAGGAUUUGUUAUCUCGAGCAUUGUCAUAUUGCACUAGAAUGGUUUUAGGUAGGCUAUGUGAACUGUAAUUUUGUGCAGCUUAUUUGUACUUUAGACAGUGGUACUCUGGUGACUGAAAGACGUAAAGUUGACGGCACAGUGACAGCCUGUCGUGGAUCUGAAUUGCCUUGAUGCAUGUGACGGAGGAUGGCUAUAUUCCACUUCAGUUUUAACUGACAGCAUUGCUUUGAGUUAAAAUUGUUUCAAGGUGUAUUUUAAGUGUAGUAGAUUUAACAGUAAGCUUUAAAUUUAAAAGUUACACGAUUUGUACUUAAUAUACAGGUAGUUCAUUGUUUUUAUGCAUAUGCAUACACUUUGCUAUUUAAAGUGAAGAUUAAGGUUGAAUGCAAAUGACAACAUCUACUAUUAAAAACUGAUCAUGGCUUCAUCUGCCAAAUGUGGUUGUGAGUCAAAUAUUAGCCUACCUGUGUAACUUUCCUAACUUCAACAACUAUGGAUGGAUAAUUCAAUAUUAUCCCUGUAAUUUCAUUACCAUUAGAAAGCAUUCCUUUGAUACUGUACCUCUAAAACUAAUCUUCCAUAUGGGGAACUUUAGUUAGUAUAGUAUGCAGUAUGAAUAACACCUUAAGGAUAAUAUUUCUUAACAGAUCUUAUUAAUUUUCUAUUGCUUCUGUGCCUUGAUAAUGAAAGAAAUCUAUUGCUUUUGUGAAACCAAAGUUAGUUUAAUUGUAGCACAGAUGAAUGUUGUAUUUUGCAUGAGCCUACUUAUGGUGAAUGCAAUAUCUUGAAUGGUAUUGGUAGCACCUUAUUUUGUUACUGCUUCAUUUCUUGUGCAGGUCUCGGUGUAACCGAGAAGUACAGUAGUUCCUUUAUGAACUUCAGUCAUCAUUAAGUAUCUUGGCCAUAAUUUGAGUCUUUCUGUCAACUUAAACAAUCCUAGAGUUAGUGUACAGCCAUUCAAACUGCUUUUGUCCAUGCAUUUGAUGAAUAAUGAGCUUUAACUAGAUAUUUUACUCGGUUUAUUUAUUGAAUUUUUAUUAUUAAAGUCCUAUUUUUUAGCAUUCGUAUAAGACUUCUAGCUAUGUACACAAUCAUUACAAGUUACAAAUUUAGGAUGAGAAUGUUGUAUAUUUUGUAAGAAUUUGCAUUGAGCAAGGGCUGUUCAGGGUCUGUAUUUUACAGGAAGCACAAUGUUAUUUACACCUUUAUCAAUCCACAGAUUUACCGUACUUGAUUUUUAUUUUUUUUUGGUAAGCUUCGUACUGCUGAAACUCUGGUGAAAUGGACAUUUCCAAUAUUUACAUUGAUUAUUUUGUAUUUAUAAUGAAGUCGAUAAUCAC